AUGUCUGAUAGCGAGUCUGGAUUCGAGAGUGAGCCCAACGCUUACGAAGGGGAGUCAUCAGAUGGUUUGUUCGAUUCAAAUAGCGGGGCUGUAGGCCCCGAUGCCGAGGGCGGAGAAGAUUCUGACGUCGAGAUAAUCGGCGAAGCUCCGAGCUCCGUCCUUACCCACGGCAUCGGGAAGGGAUUCAUGACUACUCAACCGGUGCCGUUGACUGUGGUGUAUCAUGACAGCAGCCAUGUCUGGAUGGGGGAUACAUGGGUGCCGGAUGAUCAAUCGGGAGCCUCGAUUUUCGGUAGGGGAGAAGGUACCUCCGACCCCCUUUUUCGUCCAAGGGUGACCAUAGUCAACCGGGGAGGCUCCAGAGUGCCCAUGGGGGUGCCGAAGGAACACUUGUUCGGAGUGGACUACCUGGAGCCAAAUAAAAUGAUCGAACGGGAGCUGGCCAAGAUUCGCGCUGAGUACCUAAUUCCAGAUUCGGUGAGGAUGAGAAUCCCGGGCCCUACUGAAUCUCUCAACAAGCCCGAUAAUGGGGAAGUCGUCUUCUUCCCCCACGUUCUUCUGCAAGAGGUUCGGCUGCCGCUACAGCCUUUCGUGCAGAGGAUACUCGCCCAGAUCGGGUAUGCCCUUAGCCAGUACAACCCCAACUUUUGGGUGGCCUUGAUGGGAGUAGUCAUGGCCUUCGGCAUGGCUAGUGAGGGAGUUCCUUCGUAUGAGCAGUUCUCCUACAUCUACAGUAUUACGAAGUCUAAGACCAACGACCAUGGCGGUUGGGUUCAGGCCAACUGUUUGAAAGCUUCCGAGUGGGGGUAUUUCGUGAGUGCCGUAUCGACCUCCCAGAAGACUUGGAGGAAUAAGCGAGUGCUUCUGUCUUGCGAUUGGGAAUCGCCAUCGGGACAGCCCGUCCGGUUCCCCAUUCCUACCACGUUCCAAAUAGCCGGUAGGCAAGUUGAAGCAACCGAGCCCUACUCAUCGGAGAUUCGGCAGAUUGAGAGAGUGAGGCUGAAGGUUCCUGCCGUAGAAAGGAUCUACUCGCAGUUUCUCUUUACAGCCAAUCUGAUCAGAGCCAAACUCGUCGACCUUGCCGAAAUGACUGAUGAAAGGAAGGCUGCCGAAGUUAAGAGGAUGAAUGAAUCCUCGAGAAGGCAUCUCCAGAUGGGCCUACAGGCCAAGAAGAAGACUUGGCAGUCUGGGUCGGCUGCGGUACCCGAGGCAAGAGUUGAUCCGGAGAAUCAAACUCUUGCCGAACGACUCCGACAGCUCAACGGCGAUUCAGGGCGCACUCGUGCUGCCGAGGCCAACCUUCCGCCCUCCCGAGACACCGAGGCCUCUGCUUCCAAGACUGCCAGUAAGAGGCCGUUCACUGUGGAUCUCGACGCUGAUCCCGUGCUAAAACGAGGCAGGCAAUCUGAGGCUUUACUGAAUGGAGCUGUCGGAGAUAGAGGCUUUACCGAAGAAGAUCCUUCGGGAGGAGGCUGGGCGCUUCUUCCAACUCCAGGCCUCGGUAAGUAUAUAUCACACUACAUGGUUACCGUUCUCGCAACGAUGGACAUGUGGCUGUGCAUGAAGCGGGCCAUUACUGUCGCCGAGCGCGCUAAGAAGGCCUACGAGGAUGGUAGGGCCAAGGUUGCCGAGGCUGGGAAGGCGCUCCAGGACCACGACCAUCUCCUGCAGGAUAAGCAAGCUGCCGAACGGCAGGUCAAGGCUUCCGAGGCCAAGCUUGCGGAAAUGUGUGUAGCUCUGGAGUCCGCGGUGACGGUGGCAAGGGAUGCUGAGGCAGCUAAGGAGGCGGUGCAAAUGGCUAUAGAGGAGUCAGAGUGA